AUGGCAACCUCUUCGACUAAGGUCGUAGAACUUGGCUUUGCCGAGCCACUGGAUAAUCCCCUCACAGCAGAUAGUUUUCCGAGUAAAAUUGGAGGAAAACCAGCAUGGUUGAAUCCAGGUCAUGUUCUAUCAGCUGAAGAUAUUCUUUGCGGAAUUUGUAAAAAACCAAUGAUCCUUUUGUUAUACACUCCUGAAGACCACCCACCUGAAGCCUUUCAUCGGUCAAUAUAUGUUUUCUGCUGUAAAAAUGGGGCAUGUCACAAAACUUCAUGGCGUAAAAGGUUUUUAAAAUUAAAUAACAAUGUUACUUUCCUUUUACCAUCUCAUACGGUUGACUUUUUAAAAGUAUUUCGAAGUCAAUUGCCAAAAUAUAAUCCUUAUUGGCCACCACCAAAUGAAGAAACCAAUAACUGUAACUCUAAUAGUGAUGAUACAAAUGAAAAUUCUAAUCAAACAGUGGAAAAAUUUAUUUCUGCCAAUUAUUAUUGUGUAGUUUGUGGUCUUUAUGGUUCCAAAAAAUGUGGAAAAUGUAAUCAAACAUAUUAUUGUUCAAAAGAACAUCAAAUCGUUCAUUGGACGUCCGGACAACAUAAAAUUUAUUGUAAUACAACUACACCUUCAUUAGAUGAUCAUGAUAGUCUGUGUAGACAAUUAGUUUUGUUUCCGGAAUUUGAAAUUGUAACAGAAUCUGAGGGGAAUCUGAACAAAGAUGGUGAAAAUGGUGAAAUUGAUGGCAGUUCAUCAAUUGGCGAUGAAAUUUAUGAAAAUACUCAAGUUAAUGUAGACAAAGCAUUUCUAAAAUUUCAAAAAAAAGUUGAACCAUUUCCUGACCAGGUAUUAAGGUAUGCACGAUUAGAUUACGAAUGUGAAAAAAAUGCAACUCCAUUAUGGGUAAGUGACAUUGGUAAACCGAUGCCUGAGGACAUACCUUCAUGUCCGCAUUGCGGUCAAGAACGGACUUUUGAAUUCCAA